UCUUCCCUCCUCCUCCCCUCCUCUCGUUAGUUCCGGUCGCAGAGGAGACACUGCUGCAGUUGCCGCCACCUCCGGGAUUUCUGGCUCUUUUCUCUUCGCCUUAAAUUCGGGUGUCUUUUAUGAAUAAUCAAAAGCAGCAAAAGCCAACGCUAUCAGGCCAGCGUUUUAAAACCAGAAAAAGAGAUGAAAAAGAGAGGUUUGACCCUACUCAGUUUCAAGACUGCAUUAUUCAAGGCUUAACUGAAACUGGUACUGAUUUGGAAGCAGUAGCAAAGUUUCUUGAUGCUUCUGGAGCAAAACUUGAUUACCGCCGAUAUGCAGAAACACUCUUUGACAUUCUGGUGGCCGGUGGAAUGCUGGCCCCAGGUGGUACACUGGCAGAUGACAUGAUGCGUACAGAUGUCUGUGUGUUCGCAGCACAAGAAGACCUAGAGACCAUGCAAGCAUUUGCUCAGGUUUUUAACAAGUUAAUCAGGCGCUACAAAUACCUGGAGAAAGGUUUUGAAGAUGAAGUUAAAAAGCUGCUGCUGUUCUUAAAGGGUUUUUCAGAGUCGGAGAGGAACAAGCUGGCUAUGUUGACUGGUGUUCUUCUGGCUAAUGGAACACUUAACGCAUCCAUUCUUAAUAGCCUUUAUAAUGAGAAUUUGGUUAAAGAAGGGGUUUCAGCAGCUUUUGCUGUAAAGCUCUUUAAAUCAUGGAUAAAUGAAAAAGAUAUCAAUGCAGUAGCUGCAAGUCUUCGGAAAGUGAGCAUGGAUAACAGACUGAUGGAACUUUUUCCUGCCAAUAAACAAAGCGUUGAACACUUCACAAAGUAUUUUACUGAGGCAGGCUUGAAAGAACUUUCAGAGUAUGUUCGGAAUCAGCAAACCAUAGGAGCUCGUAAGGAACUCCAGAAAGAACUUCAAGAACAGAUGUCCCGUGGUGAUCCAUUUAAGGAUAUAAUUUUGUAUGUCAAGGAGGAGAUGAAAAAAAACAACAUCCCAGAACCAGUUGUCAUCGGAAUAAUAUGGUCCAGUGUAAUGAGCACUGUGGAAUGGAACAAAAAAGAGGAGCUUGUAGCAGAGCAAGCCAUCAAGCACUUGAAGCAAUACAGCCCUCUACUUGCUGCCUUUACAACUCAAGGUCAGUCUGAGCUGACUCUGUUACUGAAGAUUCAGGAGUAUUGCUAUGACAACAUUCAUUUCAUGAAAGCCUUCCAGAAAAUAGUGGUGCUUUUUUAUAAAGGGCAGGGGGUCCCCAACCCCCAGACCGCGGACCGCUACCGGUCUGCGGCCCAUCAGGAAGCGGGCCGCACAGCAGGAGCUGAAGUUCUGAGUGAAGAACCCAUUCUGAAGUGGUAUAAAGAUGCACAUGUUGCCAAGGGGAAAAGUGUCUUCCUUGAGCAAAUGAAAAAGUUUGUAGAGUGGCUCAAAAAUGCUGAAGAAGAAUCUGAGUCUGAAGCUGAAGAAGGUGACUGAAUUUGAAACUACACCCUCAGUAAAGCAAACAAGAAUUGUAGAUAAAAUGUCAUGUCUCAUGUGUCCUGGUUCUUACAUCUUCCUACCUCCCUAUAUCAAGCAUGAUAUAAGGGCUUUCAUGGCAAAUUUUAUUUUAACUGUUUCUAUGGUUACUGGAAAUGUUGGAUUUAGUUUCUAAAACCAUGUUUUAAGUAGCUACAGGAGCUAUAGAUUUGAAUCUAAUGUUGCAUUAGUCUUUUCAGUUAUCUUCUACCUCCUGUAUUUUCUACUGUAAUAAUGUAAUUUAAGGCCUUCCACAAUGAACAGUUCACUUUUUCCCUGGGUUUUCUAUAUAAACAGUUUUCAAGAUAUGAUUUGGUUAAAAAUAAUUUGUUAUAAAAAUUCUGUUUGCAAAUUAAACUGUAAAAGUAUCCAAAGUCUCAGAAGGCAGUGAUUUGUGUGAUAUUUUGGUAUGCCCAAAGCCCUGCUCAUCAAUGAAAAUCUCAUAUACAAUAAUUAGAUUCAUUAACAUGAAUCUUGAGUAUUUGGACCACUGCUUGCAUGUUAAUAUUUUCUUGCAUUUUUAACCCCAGAUGUACUUGAGCUCAAUUGUUUGCUCUCUGAUUUUCAUUCCUUAAAAUGAAGCCAUGGAGAACAAACUUGAAAGUGAGGUGUUGGGAAAUUGUAUGUGGCAGAGGUGGUGGGAAGAAAAAAGUUGAGCUUUUACCCAUUGAGAAACCUCUGCAUUCAGUUUGCUUCUUUCUAGACAAAACAAAUGAAUAUUCUUUUCAUACCGCCAUUUUCAAAUAUACCUUGGAAAAGCCUUGUCAUUUAAAGUAUUUUACAGUUGUCAUACACUUAGAUUGGUAAGAAAGGACUCAUAAAACAGUGUAAGUAAAGCAAAUGACUGUACUAAACCCAGAAAAUUGUUGAAAGAAAAGUGGUUAGCAUGUUCUAAUUGGGAUUCUAAAUAUAACUCAUAUUUCCUGUUGGCUUAGAGUAUUUGUUGCAAAGAAUGAAGUGCAGUGAUAAUGAUUAUCCUACUUGGUCAUACUGGGCCAGCUUCAUUCUCUUCACAGAUUCAUGUAUGACUCAAGCAUCUGCCUAUUAAUUUACCCCAGUUGCCAAUAUUUUAAAUUGCCAUGAGCCAAAUAUCUCUUCUGUACAGUUGAUCCAUUUAUUUUAAUGGCUGCCUUUUCAUUUCCAUCUUAAUUUUCUUGCUGCUAACCAUCUUUAUAUGUAGUCAUUAGAAAACAAAAUGUGGCAACACGUUUUGGUGGAAAGAUUUCAUGUUAAAAGUGAACAUUUUGAAAGCUUUUUUGAUUGGUGAAAGAAACGAGCUUGGAAUAAUGCUACCAGAGACUGAGUGGGAAUUGCCCCUUUCAGAGGUACCAUUCUUAGGAGCUAAAAAUCAGGUGUUUAAAAGUUUAUCUUGAGGGAAUAACGUGUAAUACAGUUUGAAAUAAAGGUAUAAUAACCUUAUGAAGAAGAGCAUUAUAACUGAUACCGUUGCGAAGGGGGUGAAAUUGUUAAAUGAAUGACUGAUAAAGCUUUCAUGCGCAGACAGAAUGUAUUCACUAGGUUUCUACAUAGUGAUCUACUUUUACUUUGUAAUUUGUAGUCCUUAAAAGACUUUUUUUUAAAAAAUAAAGUCCAUCCUUACACUUAGGUUUAUAUAGGUUAAUCUUCUUUUUUAAUUUUUAGUUUUUUUGUAAUUUCCAUGUUAACGCCUACUGGUAACUGUAUGUUAUGCAUUCAGACAUCUCUACUAUAUAAGCAUUAAAUAAUUGCUCUUUUCAUCCCUAUGACCCCCAAACUGUAAACACCUACACAGAAUUCUGAUGCAGCAGAAACUACAUUAAUGUUUCUACAACCAAGUCAUUGCAUGUUACUGCAGUACAGAGUGCACCUUAUUAUAUACUGUGUAUAGUGAAAGUGUAUAGUCUUCCAGAACUACAUUAUGAUCUCUGAUCACAGUUUUUUCCUUCAUGGCAAAGUAGUGUUUACUUACUACAAUAUUAUAGUAAAUGGAUAAAGUAACCUGUGACAGUAUAGUGUAAAGAAAGGGAAUGCUAUCUAAAAAGACUUCGCAGAUUUUCAUUUUGAAUUUUAAGUGGCAAUUUUGAAUUUCAGCUGCCAGUGCCAACCUCAAACCUGUAAUUCUUAAUAUAGUUGUUAAGAUUGUACUUGUAAUUAUGAUCAGAAAAAUGUUAAUUGAUUUUCCUAACUUGGUGUCAGUUUCUAAGGAUAAGUCUCCUCUUAGAUGCCAUAAUUAAAUGUGUUUAGAGCUGAUGAUAAAUUUCUUAAUCUUAAUUAUUCUGGGAGUACUGUCCUAGAGACAUUAUGUUCUUUAUGAAAAUUCCAAAUGCCAAAAAUGCCACAGGGUAUUUUGACAUAGCACAGCGAUGGUGGGGAGAAGAAAUGCAUGUGACUGAGAGAUUGACUUCUAAUUCAGUGUUUCUUAAAGCUUUUUUUCAUCAACCCCAGCCCCAAAGCCUUUUAAACUUUUUUUUUUUUUUUAAAUAGUGCCCCAAUGAAUUUUUUUGGCCACGCCACACAGCUUGUGGGAAUCUCAGUUCCCCAACCAGGGAUUGAACCCCAGCCCUUGGCAGUGAAAGCGUGGAGUCCUAACCACUGGACCGCCAGGGAAUUCCCCCCAAUGAAUUUUAAUAUCAUAGUAUGCUGUAUAUAUAUUAUAUCUGCUUUAUACAUGAAAAGAGUAAGGGGUUUUUUUGGUCCUGUUUGGGGGUGACACCACCCCCAUUUGAGAACGCGUAUCCUAAUGUAUCUUUUUUAAAAGGGGAGGGGACCUAGUGAUGAUAGACAUUUACGUUGGCAGAUGUAUCUUUAUGUGUGUCCAAAUCUUGAAGCAGUAUUUUUUUCUGCCAGGGUCACUAGAAAAUAGAAGAACUUUGUUGUCUGCCAGUCACCAUCUUUUAACAGCUGUGCUGUAUACCCUUUCCACCAUAGGCAUCAGACAAAUCAUUUCCCAUUGGCUUUGGAGGUCUUGCCAGAUUCUUACUUGACUUAUAAAUGUAUCAUAAAUAGAAUCAUUCAGGUUCCUUCUCAUCUAUAAAAAUCAAUUAAAAUCCUAGGUGAAUGACUUACUUUAAUUAAAGUUGUUCAUUAUAACACAUUGAUAAAUGGCAUUGAAAUUUUACUGAUGAGUCGACUGUCAUAUUCAAGUAGGCUGCUUGCAGGAACUGAUAGAACUAUUGGUUGAUUUAAAAUGUAACAUAGAUGCCAAAGUUCUAGUGUACAUGAUUACCUAGACUACUGAAUUAUCUUUGUAAAAAUCUCCUCAGAUGCUAUUUACAGGUGCCAUGUAAAAUAGGCUAAUGUGCAUUUCUGAGAAUUCUGGUAAACUUGCCUUGCUAUGAUUUUUCAUGUAAAGUAUUAGUCCUCUAGUACUGAUACAGGGUAUGUCUAUUCACCAGCCUACUGAAACCUAGUGGUUUGAAAUAUUAUUAAGAAAUAAGUUUUUAAGAAGACUUUAAGUGGGCUCUAGAAGAUGUGAUAAGUACUUUUGACUUUGAAAUAAUGAAUUUAUAAUUGGCCUCUGUCUAAAGACUUGAAUUGCAGUGGAUUUGUACCUAAACACAAUCUUAUGCGUAAUUGUAUGAAAUUUGGUAUGGAUCAGAAAGGCUUCCAAACUCCCUUUCUUUCCCUCCCCACUUUUUUUCCUUCUAUUUAACUAUGGGCUAUUAGCAGCCAUAUCAAAUCCAAUCAUUUUAAUUUUCCAAUGCACCUACAAUCCUUUUAUCCUUAUUCUAAGAUUAUCAUUUCACCUCUUAAUGAAUUGAAAAAAUGGUGAGGAUACUUUACAAAUUCACUCUACCACUGUCAAUUUAGUAACUCUUAAUAACCUUAGUUAAAGUAAAAGCUCAACUGCUUGUGCCUACUACAGUGCCGUAGAGGAGACGUGGCAACAACUCUGCUCAGUCCUUUGCUUUGUAGACUUUACCUAGAGGGACCAAUAUCUUAUUAAACUAUGAUAUGAUUAGAAUGGUUACGGUUGUAUUACUGCAGGUCUGGGAACUAUGCAUCAAAUGUGUGUAAUGAAUUUGGGGUGCUACAAAGUUAUCAAAUAUAACUGAGCUGUUUCAUUUCAGGGAAUUUCCAGUCAGUGUAACCAUUUUAAAAUAGGAUGAAAAUAGUUUAAACCAUUUUUUUAAGCUGGAAAUCCUGAAGGCUGUGCUUCAAGUUGACUUAGAGGUAAACCUAUUGGGGAAAUAAGUGACCCCCUUACAGACUGAAGCCUCUAUUACUUCAGAAAGAUGUUCUACAUUUUCUGGCAUCCUGAGAAUAAAAUAUUAUCUCUGUAAGUACACCUCAUUUCCAUUCUAGUUAGGACUAACGGAUCCUCACGUGGCAAAAAGCUGAAGAAUGGAGAAAACUGGAUAGCCGAUAAUCCAGAUAGUUCUUGGCACUCUGAACAACCUCAAGUACAGCCAUCCAAGCCAGUAAUUAUAUUGCUGCAUUAUUUCUUUGUGAAAUUUGCUUCUUGUCUGUACCCUUGAAAUUGAAUAAAAUUUCAUGAGACUCCUUA